AUGCGGCCUACCAAUUGUAUCCACCCAAGACGCGCGCGUCCGCUUCCUAUGCUCAACCGAAAAUUCUCCUCACAGCUGCCGACAAUAAAAAUCCAGGAUGUGCCGGCGCCGAACACGGGCCGCAUCCGCAUUCUCUCCCUGAACCGUCCGGCAGCGCGCAAUGCCAUCUCGAAGCAGCUUCUCAACGAACUCUCCGGCGCCGUCGAUGAAAUUCAUGCCGAGUACGAUAAAAAUGGCCAAGAGCGACCAGUGUCAGAAUGGCGAACCAAUGGCACGCAGACGCAUGUGCAGGGGCCGACGCGAGCAUUGAUUCUGACUAGUGAGGUGGAUAGUUGUUUCUGUGCGGGUGCCGAUCUGAAGGAGCGUAGUGGCUUUUCUACCUCUGAGACUACGGCCUUUCUCGCGCGUCUGCGACAAACCUUCACCUCGCUCUCCCUCCUACCUAUCCCUAGCAUCACGGCCAUCAGCGGCCGCGCCCUCGGCGGUGGCCUCGAGCUAGCUCUCUGCACCCACCUGCGCGUCUUUGCCUCGACGGCCGAAGUCGGUCUCCCAGAAACUCGACUCGCCAUUAUUCCUGGCGCUGGCGGCACUUACCGACUGCCCGCUCUCAUUGGUCUCGCGCGCGCCCGUGAUCUUAUUCUCACUGGCCGCCGUGUCAGCGCCGCCGAGGCCUACUUCCUCGGCCUUGCUGAUCGUCUGGUCGAGGUCGAAGCGCGUGAUGGUCCUCCGGCCACUGCAGCAUCGGCAGACUUGCUUGCGCGGGCACGCCCUUUGGUGCUUCGUGAAGCCCAGAGGCUCGCUACUGAGAUAUGUGAGGGUGGCCCGGUGGCAGUUCGUACCGCCCUCCAAGCCGUAACUUGGGCCCGGGAAGAGGUCGAGCAGGAAAUGUAUGAAAGGGUUCUGGAUACCCAAGAUCGCAAUGAAGCCUUGCAGGCAUUCGUGGAAAAGAGGAGACCAAUCUACAGUGGCAAAUGA